AUGGAGAUCCAGAUGAGAAGACACCGAACGGCUCAGAUCCAGGACCAGGAAAAUAUUUAUGCUCUAAAAGGCAAAGCGAAUGUGGCGAUUCCUGCUAAAAAGCAAGGUUUGACUGUGCGUGGAGCGUUAGGGGAUAUAAACACGAACGUUCAAACUCAUCGUGAAAUCGGUGGUAAAGUUGCUGUGGCUGCUGCUGAGUUUGAGAAGAAAGCUACGCUAAAUCGGGCUGUUUUACGAAGCAAUUACAGCCAUGUUCAGUCAAAGGUGGAUACUGGUUUGGCAGCUAAAGCGGCGCCGGUGGUACAGCCGUCGUCCAGACCUCCACUGCGCCGAGAGGAAAGCACUGCUGGCCUUGCUGUCAGAGCUGCGGCUCGCAACCGGGCAAUCUUGAAAGACGCCCAGAACAAACCAACUGAGCUCAAAGAAUCGAUAAACAUUUACAUUCAAACUAAGAAGUUGCAAGAAGCUAAGAAAUCAUCUAAGCUGCCAACACUAAAGGAAAACAAAGAAAUCAAAGCAUUGAAGCCAAUUCUCAAAGAAUCUACUGAAUCACUUGGAAAAUUGAAAUUAGAAGAGGCUUAUGAGAAGACUUCAAUCAUAGACAAGAAGAAGGUUGAAAGCUAUGCGGCCUUAUUGAACUCUGAUUUGAAUGAUACACCUCAACUGCCUGAUGAUAUUGAAGACAUUGAUGCUGGAGACAAUAACAGUCCGCUGCUUAUGUCUAUCUACAUUAAGGAUAUCUACAACUAUCUGACUGAGUUGGAGAUUAAGUAUCCUAUUGAAGUAGACCAUUUGAGGAAACAGACUGUGAUAACUGGAAAAAUGAGGGCAACUCUUAUUGACUGGCUGGUGGAGGUACAGAGGCAGUUCUCUCUGGUGCUGGAGACAUUCCACUUGACUGUUGGAAUCAUAGACCGAUACUUACAGGCGGUACCAAAUGUUCAACGGAAUCAGCUGCAGCUUGUCGGCGUGACUGCGAUGUUCAUAGCCAGCAAGUACGAAGAGAUCUACGCUCCUGAUGUCGGCGACUUCGUUUAUGUGACCGACCACGCGUACACCAAAGCUGAUGUGUUCCAGUGUGAAAGAGAAAUCAUGUCUAAACUAGGCUUCUGCCUGGCUAGACCUAUUCCACUUAGCUUCUUGAGGAGGUUUGUGAAAGCAGCUCAUGGAACAUCGAAAAAUCAUCAUUUAGCCAAAUAUUUAGUAGACCUCAGCCUUGUUGAGUAUACAAUGGCGCACUACAGACCAUCGGAACUAGCGGCGGCCGCCAUCUGCCUCUCUCUACACCUUCUGUCGGGCAAGAAGCUUGAAGAGGUGUGGACGCCGACUCUGUCGUACUACUCAGGAUAUAGCCUCGAACACAUUGACCCUAUCAUUAGGAAACUUGCCAAAAUCGUCGUCAAUGUAGAUAACUCUAGAUAUAAGGCUGUAUAUAACAAGUAUUUGGACAUAUCAUUAGCUAAAGUAUCCAGCCUACACCAACUUAGAGGAGAAGCAAUCUAUGAACUGGCCAAGAUCCCAUCGAGUUCCUAA